AACUAGCAUGGGCUGCUCCUGUUUUGUAGUCUGUCGCCCCACGACCUAAUGACAGCACCCAGUGGUUACACCGGUAUACUUGCAAAAUAAAACACACCCUGAACACCCCUUCGUUUGUAAAAAUGACGUUUCCUUGUGCAUUUGGCUUCGCAAAUGUGUUGGGUGUCAUACAGGGUGCCUGUUGGUUGGUUGAGGGCUAACGUACGCAUCUCACGUAACGCACACGGGUAAUAAUAGCUCAUCCAUAACAGCGUUGUUAUUGCUACAUUGUAAUGGUCUCAGUGAUGCCCAACUAGAUUGAAUUUGCUUCUUCUGGGGUCGCAAUUGUUUCGAUUGUUGGUCUCGACCGGUCAGCAAUAGACCUCAUAAGGGUGCUGUCACUGGUUAUAAAAAAAUGGAGUGUCAUUUGUUUGGCUGAUAAAAAGUUACAACAUCCCUGUGGUAAUUGUAGCCUAGGCCUCACAUGCUGCAUGUCGCCCACUGUGGUGCUUGUAAUUAUUUUGACGUACAUGUAAUGCUUUACUCCGACAGAGGGUUGCACCCUAUGGUUUUCUUAAGUGCAACUCAUACCGGAGGCUCCUGUCUCCUACACUUUGAGUGUUGUUGUGCAAGAGUAGAAACUAAAACAAACACCAAGUCAGGCCUUGUUAUUCUGGGAGAUGAAGUUAAAAUGUCAAGCCGUCAAUUCAUGCAACAAAUAUUGCAGGACGCUUGAGAAUGUUUGGUGGGCUGGAUGAAAGAACGGAGCUGUCCAAGCCAGUCCUGGAACCUUUCUGACACGCCUUGUGUAUAGUUCGUAUGUAGGUUUGCUCGAUCUGCUUGCUUAGUCAUGUAAACAGACGCUCACCCAUGGGUGUGUUUGUCUUUGUUAUGCUGCCUGCUCAUACCCGUUUAAGCACAGUGACAGUCUGUCGGAUUUUCAUUGAGCGCCUGCAGGAAAGUCACCGUUCUGGGCAAUGAGAGCCCCCUGUCACAUUGCAUUUGCCCUCUCACUUUUCCAAAACCAUCUGUCCAUCCUUCCAUUAUCUAUAGCACUUGUCCUCAUCCUUGAUCCUGAUGAGGACAGGUGCUGCGUAAAAUGGCUGAUUCUAAUUGUGGUUGUCAUUUGCAGUGUUGUCCUGAGUGCUGGUUCUAAAUUUGGGAUUACGUUACGCUAACGGGAGGUUAACUUGAAAGUAUCACCACCCCGCCCCCACUCCCACUUCCCCACCAUAGACUCGUUCCUUGCUCAGCGUCUUUGAGGAGGAUGCAGCGAACCUCACGGACUACACCAACCAGCUGCUCCAGUCCAUGCAGCGCGUCUUCGGCGCUCAGAGUGAAAUGGGUUUGGCCACGGAGCAGCUCUCACGGCAACUUCUUGACUACGAAAAGAAAAAUUUUGCCCUUGGCAAAGGUGAUGAAGAAGUCGUCUCCACGCUGCAGAAGUUUGCCAAAACGGUGGAGGAGCUGAACUCGCUGCACUUGGAGCUUGCCAACCAGAUGGCGGACACCAUGGUCUUCCCUUUGAUCCAGUUCAGAGAAAAAGACCUUACGGAGAUCAGCACGCUGAAGGAAAUAUAUGGCAUCGCCACCGAUGAGCACGAGGCAGCCAUGGUCAAGUACAGCCGCUUACCCAAAAAGAGGGAGAACGAAAAGCUGAAGGCCGACUUGGUGAAAGAGGUGGCGUACACUCGCAGGAAGCAGCACCAGGCCUCGCUGCAGUAUUACUGCGCCCUCAAUGCCCUGCAGUACCGCAAGAGGGUGGCCAUGUUGGAACCCAUGCUAGGCUACACGCAAGCACAGGUCCUUUUUUUCAAGAAAGGCCUUGAGUUGGUGUCAAAGAAGCUGGACAACUUUCUCUCCUCUGUGUCUAACGUGACGCAAAACAUCCAGGUUCAAAUGGAUGCGGAAGCCGAGGCCAUGCGUGUGUCGCAGAAGGAACUCCUGUCCGUGGAUGACUCGGUCUACAUGCUGGACAAGGACGCCGAGCCCAUCAAUCGCGCGCUUAUCCAGAAGGCCGGCUUCCUCAACAUCAGGAACAAAACCGGGCUGGUGACCACGGCGUGGGACCGCCUCUACUUCUUCACACAGGGGGGCAACCUCAUGUGCCAGCCAAGGGGGGCCGUGGCGGGGGGCAUGGUCCUGGACCUGGACAACAGCUCCGUCAUGGCCAUCGAGUGCGAAGACAGACACUACUGUUUCCAAAUCACCCCCCCCUCCGGAAAAGCGUCAAUGAUUCUACAAGCGGAGAGCAAGAAGGAAUAUGAAGAGUGGAUUUGCACAGUGAACAACAUCUCCAGACAGAUCUACCUGACCGACAACCCCGAGGCUGUGGCCAUCCGAUUGAACCAAACCGCCAUCCAGGCCGUCACCCCUGUCACCAGCUUUGAAAAGAGGCAGGAAGGCGCACCCGACCCUGACAGAGCCAAGCCGGGGGGCGUCUACUCCACCAGCACUGCAUCCCAGAAGUCUGGAAGCGGCCCGGAGCCGGAAGACCUGAUCGCGCCCGGGACGCCCAUCCAGUUCGACAUUGUACUGCCAGCCUCGGAAUUCCAGGACCAGAACAGGGUGGACGGAAAGCGCACUAAUCCAUUUGGCGAAAUGGAUGAUGACUGUUCCCACGAAAGCGACGACUCCCUCUUGCAGCAGGUGUUUGCCGUGCGCUUCCUGGGCUCCAUGGCGGUGCGCUGCGGCGACAACCAGGAGGUGAUCUACGAGGCCAUGAGGCAGGUGCUCGCCGCCCGCGCCAUCCACAACAUCUUCAGGACCACCGAGUCGCACCUGAUGGUGACCAGCAGCGACCUGAGGCUGAUCGACCCUCAGACUCAAGUCACAAGAAUAAGCUUCCGGCUGGGCGAGGUGUGUCAGUUUGCGGCCCACCAGGAGAACAGCAGGCUGAUGGGAUUGGUGGUGGAAGGCGGCGACUGGAGCGGCGGCGGCGGCGGGGAUGACGACGAAGGGGGCGAGCCCUCGUUUAGCGCCUUCGUCUUUGAGAGCAACACGGAGGGAGAGAAGAUAUGCUACACCAUGAGUUUGGCGAAGGAUAUCACAGAGGCAAAGAAGGACCCCGCGGCUCUGGCCCAGCUGAUGAAGAACAUGCCGCUCACCAACGACGGCAAAUUCCUACUCCUGGACGCCGAGAGCAGCGACACGGUCGACGGGGACGGACUGGAGGAUUUGGAGUCGGAAGCCUAGUCCAAAGAAAGAACAAAAAACAACAACGGGGACUGGAUUUCACCCCAAGGUGUUUUUCCACUGCUGGAACCGCAACAUGGUACUAUCCAGGUGUCACCUUCUCGUUCUCUUUUGAUUUGUUAGGCAUGAGCGUACACAUCACCCCAAUCGGCUUGGAGUCCCGUUUGGUAAAAAGCUCCAUUGAGAAUUUUGCUGUUUGAGUCAAAAGUUAAAUACAACUAAAUUGUUUACAAAUAUUUCGAAAACGUACACAGGAAUGUAACAUUCAUUUUCAACAUUUAAUUUGCGUACCACUAGGGGGUGCCAGUAUACAAUUCCACAAUUCUACAGGUUCAUCAGAAAUGGUAAAGCAUUGGCGACUUGCACCAACUGCAUUUGAUUACGAGCAAGUCACACAAAUGUUGACGGCUUUCUUUCAAACUGAAGUUUGAGUAAAUGCAAAUUUCAUUCACUGUUGGACAAAAAAAAAAAA